AUGCUCCAGUUGCCCUCCAGGCCGCCACUGGCAGCCAUCUUGCUUGCUUCCGAACAGGCCCACGAGGAUUCUCCUCAGGAUUCUCCUGGAACGGUCGAUCUGCAUGCACGACGGCCUGUCGUUGGAUCUCGACCGGGGCCCCUGUCCGAGGCUGUCCCAAAAGCGCUCCUGCGCCGGCGCAGCGUCGAUGUCGCGGCCUGGGAAGCGUGGGCGGAUCGCUCGGCCAAGGCAUUACUACGGGUCGUGCGCAUCGUCACUCUAAACCACCUCCGUCUGUCAUCUGCAUUGCCGUUGCAAGGGACAGAGCGCCGUGCUAGGCUCGAGUGGGACGUGGGCUUUUGA